AUGAAGAAGAGCUCCCUUCUUUUGGGCCACGCCAUUGCGGCUCAUACAGCGUUGGCACAACAAGUGUACGUGCCCGCAGAAGGUCCAGCACCACGACCGCAAUGCAGCCGCUCAAAGACAAAAGAACCUCACCAUUCCUAUCGACCGUUUAGCUUCACGCUGACGGAAACCGUCCGAUAUGCGACACCCGUACCCGCCCCGACGGCUACAACGACGUACGCUCCUCCUCCCGGUGUCGUGUCUACCCUGGUCACUCCUUUGUCGUAUACAACAUGGGGCGACUGGGAUCCCAAUGGUCCCGUGGAGGCAAACGAUGCCAACGAUACAUAUGGUCGGGCUGCCUGGAGUGCUCUUUGGCAACAUGCCAACCCGCCAAGCUUUACGGAAACGGCGUUAUACAGCACCACGGUCUCCCCAACACCCGUUCCUACCAGUGAAUUGGUGCUGCCUCCUCCAGACUACUUCGGGCCUACAGACUGCUACAACUUCCCGGCAGGCUUUUCCUUUGGCGUGGCCAGCUCCGCCGGUCAGAUCGAAGGUGCCGCCGCCCGUGAGGGCAAAUCCCCAUCUUCCAUGGACAUUCUGGUCCAGGAUUCUCGGGCAAAGCCGUACACGGCCAAUGAACACUACUAUCUCUACAAGCAGGACAUUGAGCGCGUGGCAGCAAUGGGGGUCAAGUACUUCUCCUUUAGUCUCGCCUGGACUCGAAUCCUGCCGUUUGCCUUGCCAGGGACUCCCGUCAACAAACAAGGCAUUGAUCACUACAACGACGUCAUCAACUUCAUUCUGGAAAAGGGCAUGCUUCCGGUCGUCACUCUGCUCCACUUUGACACGCCUCUCCAGUUCUACGGCAGCAAUCUGACAACGGCAGCGGACAAGCCCGAGAUUGGAUACAUGAAUGGUGCGUACCAGAACGAGUCCUUCCCGGAUGCUUUUGUUCACUACGCCAAGAUCGCCAUGACACAUUACGGCGACAGAGUCCCCAUCUGGUUCACUUUUAAUGAGCCUCUUCUCCACGCACAAAAUGCCAAGUCCAUUGACCACGCCAUCAAGUCCCAUGCCCGAGUCUACCACUUCUACAAGGAGGAGCUCAAAGGGACGGGCCGCGUCUCCAUCAAGUUGAACAACAACUUUGGUGUGCCGCGACGUCCAAACAGCGAGGCGGAUGUAUACGCGGCCAAUCACUUCAACUCAAUCCAACUUGGGCCAUUCUGGAAUCCCAUCCACCUUGGGGAAGAUUACCCCGAAUCGUUCAAAAAAACCUGGCCCGAUUACAUCCCCCUAAGCAAAGAGGAUUUGCGAUAUAUUCAUGGCACAUCAGACUUCCUUGCCAUCUCUCCAUAUACCGCAACCGUCGUGGCUCCCCCGCUUCCCGAGGACUCCAACAGCAUCCUAGAAUGUGCGGCCGACCCGAAGUCGACGUUCCGCCCGUACUGUGUCAGUAAAAGCAUGGGCAACGUAUACGGAUGGGAAAUUGGAUACCGUUCCCAGUCCUUUCCCUACAUCACCCCCACAUACUUGCGAAGCUAUCUCAAUUAUGUGUACAACACGUGGAAGGCCCCCAUUGUCAUAGCUGAGUUUGGGUUUCCCGUCUAUGCAGAGUCACAAAAGGAACUGCCUGAUCAGUUGUCGGACUCUCCUCGGAGCACCUACUACCUGAGCUGCAUGUCCGAGGUCCUCAAGUCCAUCUGGGAAGAUGGCGUGGAGGUAGUUGGUGCAUAUGCCUGGUCCUUCGCAGACACCUGGGAGUUUGGCAGCUACGACCCCCAGUUCGGAUUGCAGGUGGUGAAUCGCACGACGCAGACCAGGCGUUUCAAGAAGAGCUUCUUUGAUCUGGUUGAUUUCAUGCGAGCCAGGGGAGCAUAA